GGAAACUUCCGGCCCCACCCCCUGACCUCCUGGAGAGGGGAGGGGCUAGAGGCUGAAUCGGCCAAUGGCCAAUGAUUUAAUUAAUGGUGGGUAUACAAAGAAGCCUCUAUAAAAGCCUUUUCUGGAGACGGCCCACACUUCGGCACCCGAACUCUUCCGUGUGCCGGUGGGCCGGGCUCCAGGCUCCAUGAGGACAGAAACUCGAGUUGGGCACCUCGCUCUGUGGAUCUCUCCCAUCUGCGUGUUGCUACACACUCUUUGUAUCUUUAAGGAACCGGCCAUGGGGGAUCAGGACUUACCUGGCGUUUUGGUGUCUGGAUUGGAAGGACCUCAUGGUAUAUGUGAGGAUCACAUUGGAGAUCUGCAGAAACACUUUACUCUCGUUACUCUGCAAGAAUUUUUGGAAAAUAACACACGAUUCGGUCCAAAGGUCCAAGCUGUAUACAUCUGGGGUGGAAAGCCAGCCGUUACCCAGGAGCUCCUGCAGAGUCUGCCCUCCUUGAAGAUAAUUGCCAGUGCAGGAGCAGGUCUAGAUCACCUGGACCUGAAGCUCAUUGCCAGCUGUGGUGUGAAGGUGGCCAACACACCACAGGCGGUUUCCAGUCCCACAGCAGACAUGGGGAUGGCCUUACUGCUGGCCGCAGCUCGCAGAGUCGUGGAAGGUCAUAGGUUGGCUAUUGCACCGGAUACAGAGAACUUUUCUACAAACUGGAUGGGUCAAGAAGUUACAGGGGCCACUCUGGGAAUCAUCGGCAUGGGCAGCAUUGGCUAUAAGAUUGCUCAGAGGGCCAAAGCAUUCGAAAUGAAGAUUCUGUAUCACAAUAGGAAACGCAGGAAAUUAGAGGAGGAGGAGGCUGUUGGAGCCACUUAUUGUGAGAGUCUGGAUGACCUGCUUCAGCGAUCGGACUUUGUGCUGUUGGCCGUGAGCCUGACACCCCAGACCCAGAGGCUGAUUGGGAAGAGGGAGCUGAAUCUGAUGAAGCCCACCGCCAUUCUCGUCAACAUCGGCAGAGGUCUCUUAGUCGACCAGGACGCCCUGGUGCAGGCUCUUCAGACUGGGGUUAUUAAAGGAGCAGCACUGGACGUGACGCACCCGGAGCCCCUGCCCAGAGAUCAUCCUUUAUUGAAGUUGGAGAACGUCACUUUAACACCUCACGCUGGGAGUGCUACUCAUCAAGCCAGGCGACAGAUGAUGGAAAAUUUGGUUGCAAGCAUCCUGGCUUCUCUCCAUGGCCUUCCCAUUCCUAAUGAAGUGCGACUUAAUUGGGACAAUUCCGUGGCAUGACACGUGGCAGAUUAAAUGAAAAAAAAAAAUCUUGUUUUGUGUAUCUACAUUAAAGCCCAUCAUGCAGAUUAAUACUCUUUUGGGCGAA